AUGGAUUUGUUAAAGGAAAUCUCUAAAAAGGAUCUUGUUAGAGAAACUGAUUUAAAGGAUACUGAUACUCAGGACAGUCCAGCUGGAGAAGUGAAUGACAGAGAUACCACUACUCCUAAUGAUCUUCCAAGAACCUGGAAAUUUAUUCAUAACCAUCCCAGGGAGCUUAUAAUUGGUGAUCCAUCUGAAAAGAUGGAAGGGCAGAACUAUGAAGGGAACAUUGUUGGUGGAAAUGAGGAACCAGAGCAGGCUACCCAGGGUGAUGAAACUGAUGAAGGAAACAUUAUUGAGAAUCAACAAACACCUGAACCCUUCACCAGGAAGUCUCCAAGGACAAGGACUGAGGCUCAAAAUGUUGAGGCAUCUGCCACACAAACAUCAAAUAGGAAACGUUCUGGAAAGGCUCCUGUUUCUCAACCCGUAGAAGAACCCACUCAUCUCCCAAAAUUCAUUGACGAUGAAGCCAGAGACAGAUUUGAAAAUCUUCUUGUCCCUCCAAUACCUGAAAACAAUGCAAAUGUUCAUGGGAAAGAGCCAAGACCUGAGCCCACAGGGCCAACUACUGGUACUGAGACCACACCAGCUUCCUGUUCUCAGCCCAAGGAUCAAGGCAAGGCUCCAACAACUGAGGAAGCAUAUGAAGAUGAUGAUGAAGAAACUGAGGAAGAAGAGGUCCCUGAACAGUUUCGUCUGGCUAGGAAGAGGCCUAGAUCAUCUAAAAUCACCAUUUAG